AGCACAUGACUCGUGACCCGAGCCACAAUAACAGACACAGUUGCAGUGUCUUCCGGCUAAUUUGACCGACCUAGCUUGUGUCUUCCAGCUGCUUUCCUGUCUCUGGUUGUGUACAGUUGUUGUUAAAAUGCAGCUGCAGUGUUUAGUUGUUGCUCUGUGUCUGUGUUGUGGUGUCAUGGCUGGGAAAUACUCCCGGGAAGAGAACGAGCCCGAGCCGAGCGGCAGUGAUGGACACAAGGUGGAGUUCAGGAUAGCGAAGCUCAACCAGGUGUGGGAGAAAGCCAUGAGGACGCAGUUGUCCCCAGUGCGGCAGUCUGAGCUGCACAGUGAUCUGAAGAUUCAGGAAAAAGAUGAGAUGCAAUGGAAGAAGAUGAAGGCGGAGGGGCUGGAUGAAAAUGGGGAGAAAGAGGCCCAGCUCAGACGUAACUUCAAUGUGAUCUUGGCCAAGUUUGGUAUGGAUGGGAAAAGAGACACACGGCCGCUGGAGAGCAACUCGCUGAAGGACCACGACACCAAGGAGGGAGACAUAUUUGAUGAUCCCAGGCUCGACAAACUCUGGAACAAGGCCAAGAACUCGGGGAAGUUCUCCACUGAGGAGUUAAUGAGCCUUAAGAGGGAGUUCCAGCACCACAAAGACAAAGUCCACGAGUACAAUAUCUUCAUGGACACAGUCAGCAGGACUGAGGAAAUUCACAAGAACGUGAUCUCUCCCCUGGAGGGUGACGUCAAAGAGAAUGUGCUGCACCAGAAGCACACGGACCUGAAGCAGAAAAUGAGAGACCUCAACCAGGGCUUCGAGCGCCUCAGCAAGCUCAGCCAUGAGGGCUUCACCGAAGACAGCGAGUUUCGGGAGCCUCGUGUGAUUGAGCUGUGGGAGUCUGCCAAGAGAACCAACCUCAGUGAAGACGAGCUGGACUCUCUCAAGGAGGAGCUGCGUCACUUCGAGACCAAGGUGGAGAAGCACAGCCAUUACCAGGAGCAGCUGGAGCUGUCCCACCAGAAGCUGCAACACGUGGAGGCUUUGGGAGACAAGGAGCACAUCAAGAGGAACCAGGACAAGUACAACACACUCUCUGAGAAGACCAGGGAGAUGGGCUACAAGAUGAAGAAACACAUGCAGGAUUUGUCCAACAAGAUCUCUCGUCAGGGACUCGAGCACAAUGAGCUCUGAGCGGCUCAGAUCACGGUCAUUACGUCGGUGAAGGUUGACUGAACUUAAAUAAUCUCCUCUGUAACCACACACAACGUAAUGCCACAUUCCCAACAUUCCCUUUCAUCCACUGUACAAAGAAUCUGUUUUUACAUUGAAGGUUUUCUACUUUUCUAGUGUUCUUAGUUGUUGAUUUCACAAAUGUCUGCAUGAAUGAAUUUGUUUGUACAUACUGUGCAUAUGAGAGAUUUCUUGUUAAUCAGCUGGACUUAUUGUGAGAACCACCAGGUCAGGUUUUCAGACGGGGUAUACAUGAAUUAAAAAUUAAGUUACGGACCAGUCUGGUACUCUGCAGCGAAUGACAGGCUGGUUUGGAAGAAAUGUGAGCUUGUAGUACAAAAACUGAAGAUGUAGCUUCACUCCAACAAAGCCAAAUGCAGUGUGGGUGGUUGUUGUUAAGGGCCAGACAGCAGCAGUUGAAUCAGGCUUAACCAGAUGAUGUAUCGAAGAUGGUUCAGGUGCUGGGGGGCGGCCAACCACCUGCAUCAGAAGACAUAUUGGCACAUCGAUGCCCAGACAAUUUAUUUACACCUCCCUGUCCUCAGCUCUGCAAGUAAUAACUGCUCCAUCACAUAAACUGUUACUACUUUAGUGACUCAUGCUUCAGUCUGCUGAAAUAUUGGGACAAUGCUGUUAUUGUCCGAUCGAUAUCAAAUGAAGGAUGCUUUGCAAAUUCGGGUAAGAAACAUUGAAACCUGAAAAUGUAACAGCAAUCUUUAAUGUUCAGUAAGAUACAGGUGCCAACAACAUACAAACAAUAAUGUUUUAAAAAAUAUAGUUCAAUAUCAUUCAUAUAGUCUAAAUAAAAGCAGCUACUAUUUACAAAAAGUUCUUCUUGUAAUGACAUUGACAGACUGUGGUUUGAAAUAAAACAAAAAAAAUGCC